GACAGUAAUAGUAUAACCGCCGACAUGAAGCUCCUGUGCAGUGUGCUAAUCCUGGCCAGCGUUAUGGCCAUUAAAGCCACGCCGAAUGUUCAGAUUCAGAGCGCUUUGAAUAAUUAUCUGGUGCAUGCCCGCGACAUGGAUGCCAUUGUUUCCGAGGAUGUGACCACCCAGUGCUUCAACCUCUAUUUGCCCAUGCUGAACGAGGUGGCCGCCACUUUCUCGAGUUCCUAUCAAGGAUGUAUAAGCACUGCUAAUGCGCAGACCGCCAAUUUGACAGCCCAGGCCGAUCAGCAGCAGAAGAUCUACCAGUCGGAGGUCUCCAGUCUUUGCAGUGCCUUCACCGCCUGUGACAGUAACAACGACACCACCAGUUUCUUCAACUGCUACGCCAGUGCGGCUGAGGGUGAUGUGUCCGUGAUGUACGACAUUUCCAGCCAGGCUGCCAAUUCGGCGAGCUCUUUGACCAUGGGCAUCCAGGCCAUUCAGGACACCCAGUACCAGUGUACCAACGCCACGGAGAACAAGUACGUCCGGGAUACGGCUUCCACAUACGAUCUGCUGGACAGCUGCCUCAAGUACGGAGUUCCCACCAGCACCACUGCUCCAACAACGCCAACACCCACUUCUGCCCCACUAACCUCCACCUCAGAUGGGCCUUUUUAUUUUGAUCUUUAAAAGUGGGAAACUAAAUGCUUUUAAUAAACGAUAAAAAUUAAACUGA